GUCGGUUGUUACUCUCUCAUGGAGCUUCGUCAUCUAUUUGAUUAUUCACUCUCAGGUAACACUCCAGGCAACACUCGCGCGGACUUACUUCUUACGUCCGAUCUGCCAUGUCCAUCGACACCCUCAAGGCUAAGAAAGCCUGCUGGACUUGUAAAGCCCGAAAGAUCCAAUGUGACCGGACUCUGCCUAGUUGCCAGAAAUGUGCCCGAGCCCAACGAGAAUGUCAAGGGUAUGGACUGCGGUUAUCGUGGCCUAGGGACAACGACAAAAAGCGUGCGGUUACGCAGGCGUCGUCAGCACCGUCAGACAGCGCAUUUUUGCACGAAUGGACCAAGAUCCGAUUCAUCAACACGACGUUGCAGGACAUUGAAUUGCAUCGUCAUCUAUCCCUACAGGCCCUCAGGGAGAUACAACCUCCACACCUGGUCCAUCUUCCUCCGAAGCUGUGGAGACAACCGCAGCCAGGACUGAAGCACAUGGACCUGGUGCAUCACUUCUGCAGUACAGCCUAUCGGUCGUUGGCUGCGUUCAAUUCAACGACAAUGCACAUUCGAGAUUCGCUUACACGCAUGGCCCUCGCAAAUGAUACUAUUUCUGGCCGCGCUCUUUUCUACGCGCUGCUUGCCGUGUCUUCCCUCCACCGUGGCGGACUUCAUCUGGAGGCUGUUCAAUUCAAGGUGUCCGCGCUUCAUGGUCUAUCUGCUUCCAUGAGAGGCGGAGUCCUCAGCUCGGCCGAAGCUGCUCAGCACGUGGCCACGUGCAUGCUCCUUGGAACCUAUGACAUCCUGUUACCAUCAGAAGGUUCUGGUGAGUGGCUUUGGUAUGUUCGGGGAGCCAUGGACAUCAUCCAAGGGGCUGGCCUCGAACAACAAUCGGACCAAAGCGAGAUUGGACACCUUCUUGAUUGGGUCUACUAUCACAACGCACUCUCUCGGUUUGCCAUGCAUCAUUGGUGCCACAAAUCAGUGGAUUUAGAGGCCACGGACGCGAUCAGAUUGGACACCACAAACGCCCAGUAUCUGCCGUUGGUAAAAGACAGACGCGCCAUUCGUUCGUCAAACCCUGCUCACGAAAUAUUAAACCUGCUUUCGGAGACAUGCGACACCGUGCUCGACCCACUGAAACCCGAAAGCCACGAUAGGGAAUACCAAAACCGCCUUAAAGCUCUUGAAGAGAAGGUAACAAACCUAUCUACCACGCCGGCUUUUGGCGAUACGGGUGAUGAACCACACAUACCGAUUGAGUUGUACCAGAUGGCUACGCUUAUCUACCUCGUGCGUGCUUCACAGAGUCCACGAGAACCACCCCCAGUGCUGGAGCAUCUCAUAGAAAGGGCAUUCGCGGUGCCAGUUCGGGCACCUUCUUGUGACCACUUCUUUCCCUUGUUCAUCCUGGCGUGCGAGGCGCGGACAGACCAGCAAAGAGCUCUUAUCCUUGAGCUUAUCGACAGGACCGAGAAGAAGGUCCAGGUUCGCAGUAUGAAAGGGUUGCAGGCUGAGAUUAAGUCAGUUUGGGUGCAGCAGGAUCUUUAUGCGGACGGCGAAUUGCUGGUCAACUACUUUGGCUUGAUGAACACGGUGAUAAGCUCUAAUCGGACCCUCCCAUCCUAUGCAUAGCUAGGGUCUGGCCUGACGACGUUAACGAGGAUUGAAGAGGUUACUCGGUGGUUUGAGAGUGACAUAAGCAGCAGUUGGUGUAUUUGUAGGAAUCAGUGUGCGCCCUCCCUUGAGGUGGCUGUUGGAGAGAGACUCUGUACUAGGAAACAUUCAGUAGAUUGAUAUCCGGACAUUAGUCAUGAAGGGGGUCAGAUAACCCCUCUUCCGGCCGGUCCGGAUGACCGGAAGGUGAUUGCGAUCAUCAUCAACAAUUUGAACAAGACUACAACCAUUGAA